AUGGAUGCCAUGGAGAGUUGGACCCCAGCGGGUCGCCUCCAUCGCCCUCCGCGCCCCACAGGCGCAACGCCCGCCACAACGAUUCUCCGCGGCCUGCGCGGGCAGGGGACACGCUGGUCAGCGGCAGCGGCCUCUCUCUUCGCCGCCUCACGUGUCUUCCAUGGCCACUCAAGGCCAAGAGCACGCCACACGCUCUGUAGCGCCCUGGACACAGAGUGGCCCGCAGGGGCUUCCCCCGAGCAAGCUGAGACGUGCGGCUGCGGCGCUUCGAGCGUUGGCGGCUGCGAUCCGGAUCGGCCGAAGGUGAACCAGGAUGCCUGCUACGUGGAGGAGCUGCCAGACGGGCGGCUGCAGGCAGCGGUGUUCGACGGCCAUGGGAAGAAGGGACACGUGGUGUCUGGCGCACUGAAGGCGCUCCUCCCGUCCCUGGUGGCAGAGCGCAUGGCAUCGGAGGGCAGCGGCGCGUCCUCCGCGCUCGCACAAGCCUUCGAAGCCAGCGACGGCGCGCUGCGUGGUGGAGGCGCCUACCGUAGGCGAGCCAUGUUUGAGGAAAGUCAGCCCCAGGAGCUGCAAGCGAGAUUUCUGACAGAGCCGAAGAAAGGCGCUGAAAAGGAGGCUGCGGAACAGGAGCCCAUCUACUCGGACAGACUGUGGACCGCAUUGCGAACAGGGUCGUUCGACGAGAUGCUCAGGCCGAAUGAGGCCGAAUGA